GUCGCUGAAACGGAACGGCGGACCACUUUGAAAGGAUCCGGCUUUUAUCCCGUGCCCAGCUGUUGACGUAUGUCACUGGCCGUAAAUGAGGCACAGUUCUAAGAAGUUUGAGGAGGCUUAUGGUCAAAAGCAAAGGCACCGUUUGGCUAAUAUUCAAGAUAUGUGGUUCGCUGAUGAUGGUAGUUGUCUGUUGAGAAACUGGUUUUGACACUGCUCCUAAAAACUUCAUCGGCCUAAGUGUAAUGUGAUCAGAGUUGACCUUACGCGUAAAUGGUCAGUCAUUUGUGCUUGUUCGGACGCAACGCCCUAUGCAUCAGAUUAAAUUUGGUGAACUGUGAUCAAAAUUGGAUUUAUUUUAUUUCUAAUGCAUCUCUCUAUAGUCAUUCAUCACAUAUUCAAUGAAAUACUCGAUUGACUUUAUUCGUAUUGGGUGGACAAGGCGUAUUUCAGAUCACUACUUUAGUUCUGCCUGUACAAUAUCAUUACUAAAAGGACCUAAAUUGAUUCUUGUUGACCCUGGUAGUCCAUGGGAUUCGCAAUGGCUUCUUUCACAGCUCUCGUCUCGUGGAGUAAAUCCUUGUGAUAUUGAUUUUGUUAUUUGUACACAUGAUCACGUCGAUCAUAUUGGAAGCUUACAUAUCUUCCCAAACUCUACUCGGAUUGUGGGAGAGAAUUUUGAAGUUCAAGGUCUUAAAGAUUGCUUCAGUAUCCUCAAAACGCCUUAUGAGAUCGACUCCUUUAUUCACAUAAUAUCUACACCUGGGCACACUUUAUCAGACAUAUCAGUAAUUGUGGAGGAUAUUGAUCAAUUCGGUCGUGUUGCCAUAGUGGGUGACUUGUUUGAAUGCGAGCAAGAUACUAUUGAUCCAUCUUUGUGGCAUUCGUCUAGUAACAAUAUAAGCAUACAACAAAAAAGCCGAGAAUUCAUUAUCGAUAACUUUGACUACAUUGUUCCAGGUCAUGGGCCAGCCUUUAAAGUUACUAAAAAGUGGCAAAACUAA